UUGAUUUAUCUUAAAGCAGAUAAAAUGUCGACUUGCAGCAUUUCAUCUUUAAUUCCUGCAAAACACCAACGAGUGGUGAUAAUAACAAAUCCAGAAAAGAAGGGGUUUUCAUCUCAAGCUAAGAGGUCUCCUCAAGCUACCCUGGGUGAAAAUCCAGGACCGUGCAGCUAUGAUUGUGUCUCCAGCGCUGUACUCACAAGUCCUUCUUUCUCAAUCAAAGGCACCACAGGCUUUGUGGUAUCCAAGGCUGCCAGACCUUCCAGCUUCCCAGUGAACGGCUUCCCAGGACCGAAUGCAUACAACCUGCAGAGCUCCUUUGUACAAAAGAAGGACUUCAACACAGGAGUGUCCAGAGUGUUCAGGCUGCCUGUGGCUGUGAAGGUGGAGGGUCCAAAGCACCUGACUCCAGCACCGAAUCAAUAUGAUGUCAGUUGUCGUAGUAGAGAGAGAUUCUCCUCAGCGGUCGGUACAUCAGCUUUCCUGUCAAAAACUAGACGCACCACUUUUGACCCAAACAAGAAUGCGCCAUCGCCAUGUCAAUAUGACGUGAACACCAAUGUAAUCCAGCUCUGCCCCAAGGCGGUGUCGUCCCCCUUCAGAUCCAAAACCCAGAGAAUACCUGCUUCAGCGGCACAGUGUGGACCUGGCCCAGGAGCCUACAGUCCCCAUCAGACCCCUGCGCCAGUAAAGAGGACCCUCCUGCCGAGGGGGCAUUGUUUAGCUAUAGCAGCUCCUCCUCUGAUUGUCCCUAAGGACCCUCCUCCACCCGGCCCGGGGCACUACGACAUAAAUGAGUGCAAAGGCCUGUCCAAGUUUCCAAAGCUCACGGCUGCAUUUGCAUCUGGAACUGAAAGAAAACUCCAAAACUUAAAGGUCAACACGACACCAGGACCAGGUUUCUAUGAUCCUCAGUUUUGUUCAAAGCAGUCGUUCAUCUUCAGCGACUCCAAAGUCUGGAUCCCCGUGUGAAGCUUUCAAGGAAGAAGCAAACUGCAGAUAUGUACCCUGUACACACACAUGAACCGUCAGUAUCUGUGUCAAAAUACCUCAAAGCACGGUAUGUGUCUCUGUUUUAAGAAAAUAAUUCAAUUAAAUGUUUGCAACCUUUCUUUUUCUUUUUAUAUGUACACGUAGGCAAAUAAGGAAUACCUUUGAGAUCAUUUGGGCUAGAAC